UGUGUUCGUUACAGGCACUUUACAUUAGGGAGAAACUAACGUCAUGGUAACCGCUGUAGCAGGAUAAAGCUACUAGGGCAUACCAAUUGAGGCAGGUGAUAUAAAAUAGGUUGAACAAUGUGUGUUGGCAUGUGACAGUCUUUCAGUGACUCGAACAACGAGCACGAAGCCGCCAGGAGGAGGGUCGAAAACAUUUAAAUGAUACAAGUAAACUGAAUGUUCGCAUAAACGAAGACGGAAACAGGGUACGCGUGACCAUUUCGGUUUUCGUCAAUACUCUUUGGUCGACGUCCAUUGGACCAAUCGACGUUGAGGGGGCGGAGUCUGCGGCAAAUGAACCAGCAGCGAGCCGCUGCGGUGCUGGAGGAGAGCAGCAGAGAGAGACCGCACACAUCCAUCCAUCCACCCACCGUACCUAACACCGUUUAUCGCUAUCUGUGGUCUGUGCUGCGAUGUUGAUCCUGGACGUUUUGUCCCCGCUGCUCCUCUUCUCCAUCCUGUUGCCGAGCUACGGUUGCUGGGCGGCGGACAUUCCGGAGGACACUACAUCAGAGUUCUCGGUCAGACUGUACCAACGGCUGCAGGCGGCGGGGGAUCAGGACAACAUCAUUUUUUCCCCGCUGAGCGUGGCUGUGGCCCUGGGCAUGGUGGAGCUGGGAGCCAGAGGGGCUUCACUGGAGGAGAUACGGCAGGCUGUAGGAUUCAGCCACCUGCUGCCAGGCAUGGAGUUCUCUUUGCUCCAGAACCUGACAGCUGCUCUGUCGGACGAUGAUACCCACUACAUGAUACGAUUUGCCAACAGCCUCUUCCUGCAGGAGGGCGUCACCUUUAACCCCGAGUUUCUGCAUUUGAUGAGGAAGUACUUCCGGGCUGAUGUGGAGACGGUAGACUUCAGCGAAUCGGCAGCCGUGGCCGACCAGAUCAACAGCUGGGUGGAAAAUCACACCGAGAGUAAAAUCCGGGAGCUGCUGUCAGCCGAGGACUUCAGCAGCGUGACUCGUCUGACCCUGGUGAACGCCGUCUACUUCAGGGGGUCAUGGAAAAACCAGUUCAGGCCAGAGAACACCAGAACCUUCUCCUUCAGCAAAGACGACGGCUCUGAAGUCCAGACUCUCAUGAUGUACCAGCAGGGAGACUUCUACUAUGGUGAGUUCAGCGACGGCUCGCAGGAAGCUGGUGGUGUGUACCAGGUGUUGGAGAUGCCCUAUGAAGGAGAGGACAUGUCCAUGAUGAUCGUUCUGCCUCGCCAAGAGGUACCGCUGGCUUCCCUGGAGCCCAUCAUCAAAGCACCAUUGCUGGAGGAGUGGGCUAACAAUGUCAAACGGCAGAAGGUGGAAGUCUACCUUCCUAGGUUCAAAGUAGAGCAGAAGAUCGACCUGAGGAGCACUCUGCAGGAGCUAGGAAUAAAGAACAUCUUCACCAACGAUGCUGAUCUCUCCGCCAUGACAGAUGGUAAGGACCUGUAUAUUGGGAAGGCAGUGCAGAAGGCUUACCUGGAGGUGACUGAGGAGGGGGCAGAGGGAGCCGUUGGGUCAGGAAUGAUCGCCCUGACCAGGACUCUGGUGCUGUACCCACAGGUCAUGGCUGAUCACCCAUUCUUCUUUGUCAUUAGAAACCGGAGGACAGGGUCCAUCCUCUUCAUGGGCAGGGUCAUGACCCCUGAAGUCAUCGAGCCCAAUGACCAUGACUUUGACUCCAUGUAACGUGGCGCGAGGUCACUCAAUCUCAGCCAAUCAGAUCCUGACGUCAUAAACACUACCUAUCCUCUAUCGCCAUCUUCAGCUGUGUUUUAUACUCUUGAAAACAAAAGACAUAAACUGAAUAUUAUACUACAUAUUAUAUAUUGAAAUAUGACAUACGACAUAUAUUGUGACUGUGUUUUGAUACUGGAAGCUUUAAACACUUGGAUACAGACGUGCAGAAAGAGGAAGCUGUAAAUAUUCUCGAGCAAAGGAUGGUUUGUACACGAGCGAGAAGAACACAUGAUAUGUAAUCCACGCACAACCCCUUUAAGUUCAGCAGCUUCGCACUCACUUGCGCUCACACACACACAGCAUUGCACCAAAACAGUUUUCUCUACACUUCUUAAACACAUAUUUACUCUUUCUUACUCCAGAUACAGUAUGUGCACACUAUAAGUUUCACACUUUAAUUAUAGCCCUGUACAUUUGGCAUUGUGUUCGAUAUAAACAUAUAUAUGCUCAGUAUUUAUUGCAGAAUAAACAUGUGCAAACAUUUUGUCCUUAUACAAUGAAUCUUAGUAAUAUAUCCGCUCCAGACAGUAUUCCAGUCAUUUUUUACACUGUAGGCACAUGGCUAAUCUGCUGAUGAACUAAUUAUGCCUUAUCACAUCUGAUUAAGCCCCAGCUGGGCAUCUCACAGGUGAGCAGAGGGGACUGCGUAACUAAGGUGGGUUGCUAUAGAGACGGACUGGAGCAUGCAGGCGCACUGAAAAAGAUCUGCUGCACCGUUUUGGAUGUACAUACAGGGAGAAACAGUAACACCAGCUGUAUUCAGUCUUUUACUCAAUAAAAACAUGAAUGUGUUCCCAUUAAAAAAAACCUGUGUCC